GUUUUGGUUCACCUCGAACCCAAAUUGUAGGGCUGAGGGUUUCGUUUCGUUUCUCUUCCAAGAUCAAAACUUUUCUAAAACCAAGGUGUUGAAUUUAUGGUCUAUUUUCAUCCCCGGAUCCGAUUACCCACCGGGUGCAACCCGUUUUAUCCCGUCCUUAACAACCCUUUACACGACCUGAAACCUAAGCUCUCUCAAACCCUAAAAAUGGCGGCGACUGAGGCCAAUUCCAAGAGACCCGUUUGCCCGUCAUGCUCCAAGCCCGCCUGGCUCUGCCUCUGCAGUCGGAUCAGGACCCCGGGUCUUGAGAAUUCGGUAAGGGUGACCAUCCUUCAGCAUAGUUUAGAGAGAAAGCACCCACUGAAUUCUGCUAGGAUUGCUAGGCUAGGCCUCAAGAAUCUCACUGUAGCAACGGUUUCCGAUGUUCAUUUUGAAUCCCGGCUUGUUAUUUGGUUGCGGGAAUCAAAUACUGAUAUGGGUUUGGCUCAAAAUGGUUUAGAUGGUUUGGAUUUUGAUCAAGCUGUGGAAAAUGGGGAAACCCAGAAGCUGGUUUCUGAGCCUAGUGAUGGGGUCGGUUUAGGUAGAGAAAAUAUGGGAACUUUGGAACCCGGGCUAUUUGCAAAGUGCCCAAGUGAGAAAAAUACUAACUUGGUUACUGCUUGUGGAGAAUGUAGCUUGAGGAAUGAUCUUAGUGGCAAGCCAAGUACUCAGAACCAUGAGGAAGGUAUUAAUUUUGUACCAAAUUCAGGGUUAUCUGUGAGUGAUGUAGAGCCAGAAGAUGGAUUAACUGUUGAAGAUUGCAUUUCUGAAAAGGGUAUAUUUGAUUUAGAUAGACAACCUAAUACACGAAUGGUUUCAGCUGCUUCAACAUUGAAUGAAGCAGUUUUGGAUAACGAAACUGAUGAUGCCAGUGAGAGUGAAUUUUCUCAGCUAGAUGUUGAUUCAGUUGAAGCUGUCCGAGGAAGUCAUGAAGCACCGGUUAUUACUGCAACCAUUGGAAAAUAUGGUGUCAUUAGCUCUCUCUGUCAUAUUUGGAUGCCAGAAAAAUCCCAUUUGCAGAAGCCAAAAUUUGAUAAGAUUAUAUCUUCUCCUGCAGCCCGCGAUGCUCUGGGAAAAGGGUUUUCUGUAAAAAAGUUGCAGAAGCGGCAGAUGAGUGAGAGCAUGGAGUUGGAAGAAGAGUAUGAAGAGUUCGAACUUGGGGUUCCUCCCGGAUCAGUUCUUCUGUUUCCAUCUGAUUGUGCGAUUGGUGUUGAUGGCCUUGAUGCUCUUGGUUUUGAGGUGACAAAUUUAAUUGUCUUGGAUGGUACGUGGGCAAAGGCAACGAGAAUGUAUAAUGAAAACCCUUGGUUGAAGCUUUUGCCGCAUUUGAAGUUGGAUUUGAACAAGAUGAGCUUGUUUGGUGAAGUGAGGUCCCAGCCAAAGGCUGGAUGUUUGUCCACUAUAGAGAGCAUUAUCUAUGCCCUGAAGGCUAUAGGGAACGAACCUGAGGGGUUAGAUAAUCUCUUGGAUGUUUUCGAGUCUAUGGUUGAAGACCAGAGGCGAUGUAAAGAUGAGAGGUUGAGCAAAGUCUCUUCAGUUUGAGCGCUCAUCCUUUCAAUAAAGCUCUGUAGCUUUA